AUGGGUUUUAUCGCUUCUGCUGAUGAGAUUUCGACGGGAGAACACGCACAGAACGCAGCAUCAACGAAAAUUAGCGUAAAAGUGGCUCGCUGCUGCGUGUGCGACGGUAUUUACCAUGCUCAGUGUCUACUCGAGCUAGGAAGCGGGCUAAAGACGGGGGAAUCGACCUUUACGUGCUUGAAAUGUCGCUCCAAGUCUACAAAGCUGACCAGGAAGGAGAAAAAGACUCUAGAAGAUGACGCUCUGCCGAUUCUAGUGCCGGCGCUGGCCUUCCCGUACGUGCGAAGACCUCAACUCGCCAAAAAUGACGGGAAAACGACGCGAAGACGUGAAUUCUUGGUAGAGAAUGACGGAAACGAAGACAAAAUGACUGUGGAUGAUGACAAUACCAACUGGGACGUGUAUUCAAUCGCAGUGGAGGUGUGUACGACUUGUCGACAGGUGCAGAUACCCGCUGAAGAGAAGACCAACUGCCAGAACUGCCACACUGCACGUCUCCACGGACGCUGUGUGAGUCGCUAUCAAGCUGGCCAUGGAGGAGAUGCGAAGAAGAAGAAAGUGUACCGCGGAACAGGCAAGAAACGACGUCGCUCGUCGUCUCUAGCCUCGUUGGAGUGGUGUGCGCCGUGUGUACUGGACACUAACAAGCAGGCGAAGCAGCUAGUGGACGGAUCUAUUGAGACGCGCACCAUUGCGCUGCUAGUGAACGACGAAGACAAAGCAGAGGGUCAAGUACAGUGGUGGACGGACUGUUGUAUGUGCAAGGGACGCUUCUGCUUGCAGGAAUUCUGCGACGCUCAGGACACAGACGCCAGUUUGGAUCACGUGGCUAACGCGCCCCUAGAGGACGAGACGGAGUGGUGUUGUGCUCAUUGCGCGUCAGUUGCCCAAUCCCUCGCUUUAGUGACAGUAGUCAUUUGCGACGGCUGCGAUGGCGAGUUCGACAUGGCUACAUUGAAUCCGCCGCUGGCAGAAGCCCCCGAGGGCGACUGGUUCUGCUCUGCAUGCAGCUGUAAGACAGAGUCGACGGCGGUCGCUCCGAAAUUAGUGACAACGCUGAAAUGUGAGGGCUGUCAACGUGAAAUCGACCUGAAUCACAUCCAGCCACCGCUGACGAGUGCUCCGAACGGAGACUGGUUCUGUCACGACUGUGUAAUGGACGCUGCGAGUGCCGCUCCAAGUGUGAAUAGCGCGGCGGUGUCUCUGGUCCCAGUGACGCUGUUGAUCUGUGACUUGUGUGACUGGGAGUACGACAUGAAGGCACUGGAUCCCCCGCUCACUGAAGUGCCCAGUGGCGACUGGUUCUGUCCAACGUGUAGCGCGCAGCAAGGCAAGAGUCGCAAGAAGACCACGCGGCGUGGGACCAGGCCCUUACCUGCGCUACAAGCUCCUUCUCCUAAGCUUGAGGUGGUCGUGACGGUCUUGUUGUGUGAUGGCUGCGACCACGAGUUCGAUCCGUUGACACUGAACCCGCCACUGCUCGAGAUCCCGGACGGCGAGUGGUUCUGUCCAGCGUGUAGUGACGUUCGUGAAGGCUUUCAACGCUGUGUGGGCUGCGAUACGAGAUUUCACGCAGGAGGCAGCGCUGCGGAUCGUUUGCAUCGUCCGAGUGGCACAGUGGACGGUGUGAUGCUGUGUGAAGCCUGUCGAAACUUACAAGUCGAAUACACACGCAGACGCUCGGAGCCUGCUUCGAACGCCAGCCUUGAAGCGAAGACUACAGCGGUAAGUAGGAAGCGAAGUCGAGGGACAGAGACCCGGAAGAGCAUUAAAUUGCAGAAAACAGAGCUUGGUGGGCCUCCUGCAACGCAAGGCAGUGCUGUAGUGGUGGAACCCACGAGCGUAUCGUCCAGAAGUGCUUCUGUAGAAGACACUAGCGGUCCACGGAUCCUCAUCCCGAAGCCGAUCACGAUGGUGGCGUCGUCUUCAAGUCUUCGUACGGAGUUCGAGGGCUUGAAAAGUGGCUGGAGCUAUACGAACCCGACGGUGGUCGUGGCAGACCCCGGCGAUAACGUGGCCGCUAGCAACAUGGCCGACGAAGAGAGCGGUGUGUUCAUUGUCUGCGAUAUCUGCUUCGUAGAGUUCAAAAUGGCCGAUGUUCUCGGCACGGACGACGCUGCUGCAGUCCCUGCGCGUCCGUGGUUCUGUAAACCGUGUCUGCGCGCUCUCAAGCGCGGUCGGAAGAAGCGGCCGCGUUUCUCCAAGCAGAUGGUGCUGGAGAUGCAAGUCUACGGCCGUCUCUUGCGUGCUACAGCUGCCAAAGUCUCGGAUAUGGACGCGGUAAUUCGAGUGGGGAAGAUCCCGAACUCGCGUGAAGAGCGACGCCGCAUGUACGAGCUGGUGGGAAAGAGUGUCGGCGUGUUCUUGCAGUGGGACAAGCAGUGGGUUAUGGGGCGAGUCGUGGCCUUCCACGCUACGCACCCGUCCAAGCACCAUACGAUCCGCUUUGAAGACGGCGUGCUGGCGUCGCUGCCGCUGUACACGUUCCCCAUAGUGAUUGGCACGCGUACGAUGCUCUACGUGAAGACGCCAGCGCUGCAGAACCAGUGGUGGCCGGCUCAAGUCCUGCGACUGAACGCUCUGGCCAAGAAGCUUUUACUGCCGACGCAAGAGGAGGAGACCGCUGCGCGUGUGAACUUUCGUCUUGUCCGGGUAUUUGCGAGCAGUGAGCACGUGGAGACGACGCAGUUUGUGUCGUGUUGGGUGCCCAAGUAUCUCUGUCGAAGCAUGAAGCGCUUUGCUGCUCCCGACACGAGAAAUGACGACGAGUUGCUGUCCAAGUCACUGGAACGCGCGCAGAAAGAGCUGCAGAUGGAGACGGAGUGCUCGAGUCGCUUCUUCCAAGCGUUAGUGGCGGGUUUUCGACGGGUUUUAACGUCCACUCCACCGCCCGUGAAGCUCACGAAAGGAGGUAAACGGGCGUCAGAUGCCUUUGAUCGAUGCACGCAGAUCGCGGACGUGUUGGUCGGGAAAGUUAUCGUGGUCCUGUCGGGUGUAUUGGUACCGGGCACGGACGGCGUAGUGUAUCAUCUGGAAGACGUUAGUACACUCAGUGAAGUCGCUAUUCUGCUCGAGUUGAGUGGCUCGGACGUGGGGGGAGGCCUCCCCGGGGAGUUCCACUCGAAAGAGCUGCUGGAAAAGGCGAUUAUACGAGAAACUGGCGUCGCGUUAUCGGCAGCAGAAGAGAGACGCGGAGAUGCGGGUGAAGAAGAGCUGUUGGCGUGCGCCCAGUGUGACAACCAGUUCCACGCCACGUGCUGUGAUCCGCCACACGCGCCGCUUUCGCUCGUGAGUCCAGACGAUGGAGACGUUCUGGUUGCAGAUCUCAAGACGCCGUUCGUGUGCAGCGACUGCACGUCGUGUGCUGGCUGUCGCUGUCGGAAAAGCGAUGAAGCGCGCGCAGAAGAGCCGAGUCCCAGAUGGUCGCAAUGGCGGCUGCCGCUACAGACCGCUGCGCUGUGCACCACGUGCAUCCCGUACUACAAGGCGAAUCGGUUCUGCGGCGUCUGCAACUUGGUGCUGGACGACGAGCAGCUGGCGACCAGUGUGGAUCUGCUGACGUGUGCGACGUGUCACCACUGGAUCCACGCAGACUGCGAGCCAGAUCCACAUCCGGCUUUCCACGCGUGCAGUAGUGCUCGUGAGUUCGCUCUAGAUGUCGUCACGGGUACGUCAGACGCUCGGGAUACUCGCGAGGUGGAUGCAGAGUCGAUCUCGACGCCUGUGGGCAGUCGGAGUCCGUCGGAGGAACGCACUGCUGUAUCCAGCGGCAAGAGUAGUGCAGCUAAAGAUGACGGCGCCGCGAAGACGGCCAAGCAGGUGGAGGAAGACUUUGCACUUUCGUUACGCUUCGGAUCGGGCUAUGACCCCAAGAUGCUGCACAAUUACGAGUGUCUGACGUGUCGGAAGGUGCGCAUGCUGCAUGUUCUGCAUCGCCUGGGCGGCGAAGACAAGCUGGUGCUGUUCCGAGAGCCCGUGACCGAGGCCAUUGCACCCACGUACUUCGACAUCAUCAAGACGCCGAUGGAUCUGAGCACGAUGCAGCACAAGAUCCUGGCGGGCAAGUACACGAGCGUCAACCUCCGUGCGUUCCGAGACGACUUCGAGCUCAUGUGUCUGAACGCCGUCACGUUUAACACGAAGGAGCGCGACUUUUUGAUCUGGCGCGAGGCGUGGCGGUUCUACGGCCAAGGCCAGCGGAUUUUCCGACAGACGGCACCGAAGGCGCGUAUGAAACAACGUGGAGGACGUCACUAUGACGCGCUGUUAGUGGCUGCGAAGCGGCAGUUGCCUAACAAUUCAGCGCUGGCUCAGGCCACGGGCGAGUCGAUCGGUGGCGAAGGUGGAGAGAACGACGAGGACGACGAGUUUGACGACGAAGACGACGGAGACAACGGCUCGGAUGCUGGCUCGGAGGCCGCUACGCGCGUUCCAGACAACGCUGGGCCUUCGACUGGCGCUGCGGCGUUGGUAUCGGACGCGGCGUCAGUGCACGACAGCGAUACGAACAGUAACGGAAUGGAAUCAACAGUGAAGAGCAGGAGCGACGCUAUCGGUGACGCUGGUGUGGCUGCAUCGAAUGGGAACGCGGUGGCGGUGGAGACGGAGCGACGGAUCGUGACGAACGACGCGUUCGUGCACCAGAGCAAGCUGCGUAUUGCCACGUCGCGCUCUCUUGUCGCGCUGUUUCAACUCGUACAGACACGGACGUCGGCGCACACGUACAGCUGGCUGGAUCAGUGUGCCGUGUGUGGGAGUGCCGGCCUGUCUAGUGAAUUCAUCUUCUGCGUGGACUGCGGAGAAGGUUUCCACUCGUUUUGCGUGUCUGGGAUGAGUGCCGCUCGACUCGAAGACAGCGACCAACUGCGUGCGUAUUGGCGUUGUCCGAACUGCAAGAUGUGCGAGAUCUGUGGCCAGCCAGGAGCUGUCUGCGGUGCAGAGAGUAGCGCACGUGUUCCUGCUACCGCGGGCAAUGUGGACAGCCCCAAUACAGACACGGAGACGUCGUUGGAAUUAGCGAAGACGGAGUCGCUGUUGCUAUGUGGACACUGUGAUCGAGGCUUCCACGGCUCGUGCUUGGUGCCGGCUAUCAAGUUACCGUUGAAUCCUAAGAAACGCGAUGGGACGAGCUCGAGUCCUGUCAUCUACUGCGCCAGUUGUGUGUCGUGUGUCAACUGCAAGAGCUCGAGGGAGUAUCUCGACUCGGACGUAGCCCCGAACGACCAUCUCGAUGCACUGGAACGUACGUACAGCUACGAGCAGGACAAGUGUCUGCACUGUCACAACCGGAAGGAGCGUGAAGUACAAGCACUUAGAGAACGGACCAGAUUGCUGACGGAAGUGUGGAUGGAUGCAGCGCGCAGAAGCAAGAAGGACGCCGAGAAAUGUCCGCUGUGUCGAAGGAAAUGGGACGCGGAUCUUGAGGAGUUGAUGCAGUGUGACGCCUGUGAACGUUGGGUGCAUCCGCCGUGUGACGACCUGUUGAAGAAAGAGCCCAAGCGGUACCAGACGCUCGUGAGCGACCCGAACGCCGUGUACGUCUGUGCUGCGUGUCGUCCUCAAGAACGUCAACAUGUCACGUCGAAAGUCUCGGACGGUGAAGGAUGGCGUUGCCAGGCGCUUAUUGCGGACAUCCAGCGUAAACGUGUACAAUGCGAGUCGAGCUGGAAGGAGACGCUGAUGCAGAUGGAGCAAGUGGAGCGCUGGAAGCGUCUGGCAGACAACACGCCGGUGUACCUGUAUAUCUUGCGUCUGGGUGAGGAAUGUCUGCGCACGUUUGCGUACCGAAGUCUCAACUUCCAGAGCGAUUGGUACCGGUUGACGAAGCAGCAAGAGCUGGAUGACACGGGCGUAGUUAUCCCCGAGUGGCUGCUGCGGAAAGCGAACCGGUAUAUGCGAUUCAAAAGGUACAUGCGUGGGCCCCGUGCCGCUGCUCGACGUCGUGAACGCAAGACGCAGAGCUUUUAUUCGAAGCAAGCGGUGGGGCUGAGUACGCAGAAGGAUGCGAGUGCGAUCUGUAUGAUCGUGUCGGAAGCUGCGAGCUGUGCGGCCUUGUUGGCGUGUGUGCAUCUGCUGUACGGGUGGAGACCGCUACCAGAAGUUGUGAUCCACUUGCUAUCUAGCGAUGAGGGCGGCGCGGAGCCUCGAAAACUGAAGGAAGCAUUGCUCAAGCGGCUGCGAAGUGGCGAUGGUGAUGCACAGGAGCCGAGAGCGAAGCUGGAAGCCGAGAUCGCGACUAUCAAGGAGCAGUAUGAUCGCAGAGUAGACAAGAGACAUCUCGUGCAUGAACCCUCGUCCGAGCUCACGGUAUUCGGCCUCGGAGAUGCCACCAGCGCGGCGGAACAGGACGAAGAAGAGAGCAAAGAAAACGACUCGGAGACGCCGCACGCGGAGGAGCAAGAGGCUGCUGUGUCGCUGGUGGCGUCGUCGUCGUCCUCGAGUUCGCGAAGAGUGGCUUGCAUGACUACGGCGCCGCCGCUACAUGGCUGGCCGACGAGUGACGACGAUAGUGCGGCAGCGUUCGAAGACACGCGGUUCUGCGCGCUAUGCUUCAUGAUUGGCGAUAAUUCCGCGUGUGGACGCUUGUUGUACACGGAAGCGGAGACGUGGGUGCACGUCAACUGCGCCAUGUGGUCGAUGGAAGUAUACGAGGACGUGUGUGGCGUGUUGCACAAGUGCAGUAAGGCCAAGCACCGCAGUCGGUUGAUACGUUGCGACGCGUGUGGCCUCAUGGGGGCGACGAUUGGCUGCGCGAUCUCACGGUGCACUCGACACUUCCACUUCCCGUGCGCAGUGGACGCGGGCGUGGCGUUUCUACCGAACGGCGAGACGUGCUGUCCCGUGCCGGCACAUCUGGAUAUGGUGGCUCGAAGACUCGAGACGGCGAACGGAGGAGUGACCUUGGAGGCGUCUGAAACCGCCCCGCAGGCCACGAUCAACGCGGAAUCAGCCGACGAUGGCGACGUGUCCAGCGCGGAGCAGACUGCGAGCUCCGAGGAGGAAAACAAAACUCAAGAUGCUGGCGAGACGGGGCCCAACACCAUAGUAAAGGGAGAGAUGAUGGAGGUGAGCGCAGAACCGAAUAGUGGAGUACCGGAGCGUGUAGCAGAGUCCGUCAUGAAGUCCCAGGGACAAGAGGAACGUGGAGAGAGCGUCCAGAAUCUUGAGGAGACGAAGGCGAGUGAAGUGACGCGGCCACAACACGUUCUACCGGUGAUCAACCCUCGUCCCGAGCCUCGCAGAUCUCUGUUCAGUGACCCGCCACUGGUGACAGUGUCGGACUUGAAGAAGAAGAAGCGGGCGGAGAUGAAACGCGGCAUCAAGCCCCGGCCUAUGUGUUACCGUAUUGGAGCACUGACCGUGCACUCCCUCGGCCACGUCUUCGUCGGCAACGCAGGCUUCCACACGCGAACAGCGAUCUAUCCGUUAGGGUUCCGCAGUACGCGUAUCUUCUGGAGUACUUGCCACCUGGCCACUCGCUGUCUGUACGAGUGUGUGAUCUCCAGCUCCGAGAUCGAGGAGCGACGUGCUCGACGACUGAAGAAACGGGAAAACGGCGGCGUGGACGAGGACGAGGACGAAGACAGCGAGUAUGAGCAACAGCGACGAAGACCUCGCGUCGUGUUCAAGAUCACGCCGUCGGACGACCAAGAGCGACCCAUCGUGGCAUCCACGCCUGAAGACGCGCUCAUUGAACUCCGCAGUCGUGUCGUGUCGCUGUAUGAAGAGCAACGAGGCUUCUCUGUAAGUCCACGGAGUGGCCAGAGCUCAGGAGCAGAGAGGAACCCGUUCUUGAAGCGCAGUUCGUGGUUCUCGUUCGCACUUAGUGGCGACUACUUCUUCGGCUUUGGGUUACCAGAGAUUUCUCGGUACAUUGAAGAGCUGCCGUACGCUGCCACUACAGCGAUAAGUCGUCGCGCGGUGGUACGGAAGCUUCGACAGCAACAACAGCGUCAAGGACAGAGUCCUCUAGCUGGGUCCGCGGCGGCGACGUGGGGCUCUGGCGCGCGUAAACGCAGCCACGACAGCAUGGAGCAGAGCGCUGUGAACGCAGCGCAAGUCAUCUCGUUGAUGCUCGAGGAAGAGGAGGAUGAAGAGCUCUACGAGUUCAGUCAGACACUGCCGUCAGCAGAGACGUUCCAGACCGCAGAGCGCGUCAUGGAGCAUCUCGUACGAGCCGAACAACGCGCACGCCAGUCUUCUGGCUGUGCACGGACCGAUGGCUUUGAAGGCAAUCGGCUGUUUGGAUCGCCCAAGAAGGCCAAGAUCAUGCCAAGACGCCAAGCUUUGAGCAAGGAGGCGACCAAUGAACCAGUGCUUGGAGGCAACUCGAGUGGCGUGGCGAUGGAUAUCGAGCACUUGCCCAUCACAAUGCAGUAUCGCGAGCUACGACGACGACCGUUUGACGAGCGAAUGUUGGUGAGGAAGUCGUCGAUCCACGGCUACGGAUUGUUCCUGAAGGAGCCUGUGAGUGAUGGCCAGAUGAUCGUGGAGUAUCAAGGACAGAUGAUUAACCAGACGAUAGCAGAUGAACGAGAGCGACGCUAUGAGGAGCAAGGCGUCGGCAGUUGCUACAUGUUCCGUCUGGAUGAGAAGACGAUAAUUGACGCGACGCGGUGUGGGAAUCUGGCGCGGUUUAUUAAUCACUCGUGCGACCCGAAGGCCUUUGCGCGCAUUGUGGCGGUGGAAGGAGGAGAAAAGAAGAUUGUCAUCUUUGCCAAGCGAGCGAUUGCAGUGGGGGACGAGGUGACGUAUGACUACAAGUUCCCUAUUGAAGAUGAAGCGAUCCGAUGCGACUGCAACGCCCCCAAUUGUAUCGGCCGCAUGAAUUAGUUUCGACGUUUAAUCAACGCAGCAGAUUUGUUU